AUGGCUGCUCCCUUCUCGAAAGAUAUCACCGAUUUGGCUGGAACAUGGAGUCUGGACAGGAAACUCUCCGAUGAUCCGGAUGCAGUAUUUGCCUUGCAAGGUGUACCCUGGUUUACCCGAAAAGCUCUCCGCUUUGCCAGUCUCUCUUUGCAAAUCACCCAGUCAGUUUCGUUGUCGGAUGCUAGCAGCGACAGUAUCACCGACUCCUCGUCUGACAUUGGCUCGGUCACGACCAUGCACGUAAAGCAAGUUGUUCAUCCUGGUGGCUUUAACAGUGAAACAUCAUGCCCCCUGAACGGAGUCGGGCAGGAUAUGUCACUUCCUAUUUUCGGAGAUAUCGUCAUGCAGCUGAAAUACAUGAACACCGCUGAUGUCAAAGACGAUAUGCUUCGUCAGGCAUUUGAAGAUGGCUGUUGCUCAAAUAAGGUGAUUGAUGAGGCUGCUUAUAAUACGAGGAUGGGUUGGACUGCCCACGUGCUCUGGGGCUUCGAAAUGAUCAACGGGAAGCGAUACCUCACCCGCACUGCUGUGACUUCGAAGACUUUGAAGAAGGAUGAGACAGUUACUGCGCGAAUGGUGUAUGAUUAUCAUGCAUAA